CCCUCCUCCUCCCCCCCAGCAUGAACCACAGACCGCCAGCAAGUCAACCAGCACAUUACGCUGACAGCCCUCGGGACAGAAGUAGGGACAACUUGCUGAUGUACGAUGACUUUUCUGAGGAAAACUCUUGUCCUGGACGCUGCCUCAGCCACUGGACCUCUGACAGACAACUCCUGGCCCGCGUCACCGCCUUUAAGCGCCGCCAGGCUCUUCGUGGACCGGCCUACAUGUUCUCCGCUCCUUCAGUCAGCCUCUCGGAGGUCGAGCAACGGUUUCUGGAGGCGGCGGAGUAUGGGAACAUACCGGAGGUGCGCCGCAUGCUUCGCCACGUGCCCAACUUGAACGUCAAUACCGUGGACUACAUGGGCCAGAAUGCACUGCAGCUGGCUGUGGCCAAUGAACACCUAGAGGUGACGGAACUCCUGCUGGGGAGAGCAGACCUGGCCAGAGUGGGAGAUGCUCUCCUGUUGGCUAUCAGUAAAGGUUACGUCCGUAUUACAGAGGCGCUUUUGGCUCACCCAUCAUUCAGAGACGCCCGUCGUCUGACGGCCAGCCCGGCUCAAGCUGACAUGCUGGAUGACUUCUACGCCUAUGAUGAAGACGGGACCAGGUUUUCUCACGACGUGACCCCGGUGAUCCUGGCCGCUCACUGCCAGGAAUAUGAGAUCGUCCACACGCUGCUAACCAAAGGAGCUCGCAUCGACCCCCCCCACGACUACUUCUGCGGCUGUGACUCCUGCAACUACCAGCAACAGUUUGACUCCUUCAGCCACUCACGGUCCAGGAUCAAUGCCUACAGAGGUCUGGCAAGUCCUGCUUACCUCUCCCUGUCCAACGAGGACCCGGUGCUGGCGGCGCUCGAGCUCAGCAAUGAGCUUGCCAUGCUGGCGAAUAUCGAGAAAGAGUUCAAGAACGAUUACUGCCGUUUGUCCAGCCAGUGCAAAGACUUUGUGGUAGGACUCCUAGAUCUGUGCCGGAGUACUGAGGAAGUAGAGGCCAUUUUGAACGGAGAAACCGACACUGAUGACGACUACGAACCACCCGGUCGUCCGUCUCUCACUCGCCUCAAGUUAGCCAUCAAAUAUGAGCUCAAAAAGUUUGUUGCUCAUCCAAACUGCCAGCAGCAGCUUCUGAGUAUCUGGUAUGAAAACCUCCCAGGCCUGCGACAGCAAACCACCGCUGUCAAGCUGCUGGUGGUGCUGGCUGUGUCCAUGGGACUCCCAGGACUCACCCUGGCUUACUGGGUCUCUCCCUGCAGCAGAGUGGGGAAGGUGAUGAGGAGCCCCUUCAUGAAGUUUGUGGCCCAUGCUUCAUCCUUCAGCAUCUUCCUGGGCCUUUUAAUCUUGAACGCAGCUGACCGUUUUGCAGGCACCAUUCUGUUAGCAAACAUGACCCACCAUCAUAUACCGGGACCCCAGCUUAACCGGGACCCGCUGCUGCUCUACAGGAUGACCACGACACCCUUCACUUGGAUGGAGAUCCUCAUCAUAUCAUGGGUUAUCGGUAUGAUCUGGGCUGAGGUGAAGGAGAUCUGGAGUCAAGGACCGGGGGAGUACUUUGUGGAACCGUGGAACUUCCUGGACUUUGGGAUGCUGGCUAUUUUCCUGGCUUCCUUCAGCUGCCGAUUCUCCGCUCUGAGACACGCUGACUUGGCCCAGACUUACGUAAACACACACUACAAGACCCUGAUAAACGUCUCGCUUCCCCCGGAGAUACACUACUUCACACUGGCGAGAAUCGACUGGUUGCCUUCCGACCCACAGCUGGUGUCAGAAGGUUUAUAUGCAAUCGCGGUGGUCCUGAGCUUCUCCAGGAUCGCCUACAUCCUCCCGGCCAACGAGAGCUUCGGCCCACUGCAGAUCUCCUUGGGGAGGACGGUCAAAGACAUCUUCAAGUUCAUGGUCAUCUUCCUCCUGGUGUUUCUGGCCUUCAUGAUCGGGAUGUUCAACCUGUACUCCUACUACAUGGGAGCCAAGCAGAACGACGCCUUCACCACUCUGGAGGAGAGCUUCAAGACUUUGUUCUGGGCUAUAUUUGGGCUCUCGGAGGUGCGCUCUGUCAUCAUCAACAACGGACACAAGUUUAUAGAGAACAUCGGCUACGUGCUGUACGGAGUUUACAACGUCACCAUGGUGAUCGUGCUGCUCAACAUGCUCAUCGCCAUGAUCAACAGUUCCUUCCAGGAGAUCGAGGAUGACGCUGAUGUGGAAUGGAAGUUUGCCCGCGCCAAACUGUGGUUCUCCUACUUUGAGGAGGGCCGGACCAUUCCUGCACCCUUCAACUUGAUCCCCAGCCCCAAGUCUUUGCUGGGCCUUUCCAAAGGCAUCAAAUCCCUGAUGGAGAGGUAUGUGAGGGGUCUGAACGAGGACAAGUCAGAGACCCAGCUCCACAAGCUUGGCGAAGGAAAAAGUUCUGAAUACAGUGGAUCCACUGGCCCAACCAGAUAUCAGAAGAUCAUGAAGCGACUGAUCAAGCGAUACAUCAUCAAAGCUCAGGCAGACAGAGAGAGCGAUGAGAUCACAGAAGGCGAGCUGAAAGAGAUCAAGCAGGACAUCUCCAGUCUGCGGUAUGAACUUCUGGAGGAGAAAGCUCAGAACAUGGAGACGCUGGACGGCCUUCUGAAGCGUCUGGGAGAGAUCAGUACCACCUCGUAGCCGUCUGUUGUCCACCACUGAAUGAAAAUUCAUUUUAUCGUCUGCCCUUCCUGGUUUGACUCUGUAUUGUGCCAAUAAAA